GAACCCUCCUUUCGCUCGACUCGACGAACGACGAAAGACUUUUCGUCCGGCACACACGGCGUCUGCCAUGGUUUGCCGGUAGUUUGUGGCUAGAUGCCGCAAGAUCAGGAGGUUUAUGUGUUACUCGCUUCUCUCAUAAAUAUAUUUUAUAUAUCCAUUAUCUUCCCUAAUCUCUUCAGUGUGAUAUCUUUUUUUUCACAAAUAAUUUAGUGUCGUGACAUUUAGUGACCUGUGAUAUCAAAUAUACAAGUCUACUUUCACACAUUUCUUUUUUUUCACAAAUAUUUCCGAAACCUUGAAUAAUUGGGCCUAUAUUGAAGGGUGAAUGCAUGGAAUUUGAACCGGAUGAAAGACCUUCAAUCUCUUUUUUUUAUUUUUAUUCGAAAAGAAACGAAAAAAAAUAUAAAACAUGUUUGGAAAAAUUUCAAAUAUUUUUUUGAUAUAAGAAAUACUAAAUCUGUAAACUUGCCACUGUAGGAGGAAAUAGUGAUAAAAAAAUCCAUCUGUGUUGCACGUGGUAUGUUUUUUUUCGAACCAUUUCUAUAUAGUGGAAAAAGAAGCAAUUUGAAAGAGGAGAAUAUAACAUUGGCAAUAAUUGAAAAAUUGUGUGUGUAUGUUAUAUUGAUGGCAGGCUGAUGACGCCCACUUGGAUGAACGUCGUCGUCGUCAAAGAAGGAGAAGAAGAAAGUUCUGUCGGGAUUCUUAGAGCCAUAUCCGGCUGAUCCCAAAGCCAGCUGGUGCUGGUUUUUCCCAUUUUUGUCCUGAUCGGGUUCGAUCGGGUUGACUUUGUACGAUCGUCCUCUUUGUGAACUGUAUAUCUUCCAAGAACUUGUGCCGGAAUCAAAGAUUGAGGAUAUAGCACAAACAACUAUGAAGAAAAUUGAAUUAACAAACGGAUAAAAUAUGACGAAGUCACAGAGGGCCAAAAACCGGCAGCAGGAUGUCUUUGGAGAGUGAAUGGAACAAUUGUCAAGGACUUCAAAUUAACAUAAAUUUGUAGUCAUCUCCAAUUUUUUUUCUCUUGGUUUAGCAAAUGAUUCAGCGCGCCUGGACAAAAGUAACAAGACUGACAUUGAGGAUGCUGCAAAGUUGCAUUAGUGGAAGAUCAUCAAGAUGUGUCCGAAGAGCAUUGGUAUUUGCCUUUGCAUGGGGCCUCGUUAUGAUAGCCACUUUACAAUUCCGUUAUGCUGAAAAUAGCAUUUUACACGAGAACAACAUAAUUGAAAACGAAGGCAUUGCCUUUAAUAAUAAUAUUAAUAAUAAUUAUAAACAAGAACAAUCAGGUCAGAAUACAAAAGAAUCGAAUUUUCUUCUAAAAUUAUUUUCAUUUAUGAAUUAUGCAAAUUAUCAUGAUAAUUCAACGUCAGUUUAUACAACACUAACAUCUUCAGUUACAAAAAUGCCCCUCAAUCAAGAUCCACUACUUGAUAAACGACCAAUAAAAUCUGAGGAUGAAUUAAUUCGCGAAAUUGAAGAUCGUUUACCUAGUCUACCCGUUGCGUAUUGGAAUAAAAAUAGUAAAUUUCUAAGUAGUCAAAGCAGUAAAACAUCGAAGACAAAUGACAAUGUUUGCGUUGCCAAGUAUCCUAGUAUUUAUGAUUUAGAAUUUAAUAACAUUUAUUGGCAAACAUUGAGAACAAGCAAUGGAACAUUUCAAUUGUUUGGCGCCUAUUAUGAUACAAGAAAAUUAUCGAGAAUUGGACCCGCUGUUAGAAUGGUUGGAAUGAUUGAUAGAAUUGCACCGACAAUAAAAACUUAUUGUCAAUUGUGGUAUGACGGGGAACGUGAACCGAAGGUUGUUGAAAUUCUCGAAUAUAAAUAUAUAUGGUUUUCAAAGUGGGGCAAUUAUAAACAGGGUAUUUAUCAGCCUUACGUGAUUGCUUGUAAAAUACCACAGACACAUUGGCAAAAAGGUCCGCCAGCUUCCGUGUCUUUAGUUGAAAAGAUCUGCGAUACUGCAUCCAAUAAUCUUCGUGUGAUUUAUAAUAAGCCAGAAAAGAAAAAAGGUUUUGCUGUUUGUGUAAAGGGAUUGGAUUUUCUUCAUGAGGAUUUAUCAGUUAGACUUGUUGAGUGGAUCGAACUCAUUGGACUUCUAGGAGCGGAUAAAAUCUUUUUCUACGAACUACAAGUUCAUCCAAAUGUCACAAAAGUUCUCGAUUAUUAUCAAAAAUUGGGAAAAGUACACGUGACGCCUAUAACACUACCAGGAGGUCAACCAAAUGUACCCGGUUUUCAACAUAUGUAUUUAACUAAAAAGACUAAUCAUAAACGACAAAAUGAAUUAAUUCCCUAUAAUGAUUGUUUAUAUAAACACAUGUACGAGUAUGAAUAUAUUGUUUUAUUGGAUGUCGACGAAGUUAUAAUGCCCCUAAAAGAAGCUACUUGGCAAGAUUUAAUGAAAAAUCGUAUUCUACCGAAAGCAUUUAAAAUAAAAAACGAGACACGAGCUUCCUACAAUGUUAGAAACGUCUAUUUUCUCGACGAUCUUCAACAUUCUCACGGUUCUUUCAAGGACAUUCCAAAGUACAUGCACAUGUUACAACAUGUUUACAGAUCCAAGAAUUUUACGAAGCCUAAUCAAUAUAUCAAGUGUUUUCAUAAUCCAGAAAGAGUGGUUACGCUUCACAAUCAUUUUCCUCUAGCCUGCUUAGGGGCUGGAUGUACUAGUUAUCCAAUUGAGACUGAAGAUGCUCAGUUGCAGCAUUAUAGAGCAGACUGUGUUAAAUCAUUGAAAAAAACAUGUGUCGAAUAUCGAGAAAAUAGCGUAAUGGACACAACAAUUUGGCUUUACAAGGACAAAUUAAUAAGAAGAGUGACUGAUACUUUGAAAACAUUAGGCUAUUUUGGAAUAAGUUAAAUUUUUUGUUUUUAAUUUAAAUUAACUAUUUAAUUCAUUAAUUGUCAAAAUUAAAUUGUUGCUCAUCAUUUUUUUUUUUUUUUUAAGAAAAAUUCUUCCUUAUUUGAAGAAUGUAGUCUAUAUAAAUUUAAUGAAAAGAAAUUCUUUUUCUUUUCAAUUGUUGUAUCCAUGCAUAAUUUUUGUUAAUCACCAAAAGGUGAUGUGCUCAAUAAUUGUUUUAAAUUGAAUACGAGGCAACAAAUUCACUGCCUGAUCUAUCUACAUAAUUGAAAAUUAAAUAUUUUUUUAAAAAUCUGUAUAUAUAUUUUUGAAUGCGUUAAGAUUUUUUUCGAUCAUUUUUUGAUGAAAAAAAAAUGUUUUUUUAAUAAAAAAAGAAAAUACAAAAUGUUUAUAAAAAGUUUGUUCUUACGUGAAAUAAUUAAAAUUUUUAGAUUAUAAUAAAGCCUAGAUAAUAAUACCUUAUGUAAGAACUUAUUUAUUAUAAACUUUAUACUCUGUAUAAACUAUAAGACUAAUAAUUUUUAUUUCUUGUGAAAAUAGUCUUUUUUUUUAGAAAAAUUGACAAUUUAUAUUCAUGGUUAAACUUGAUCGCUUAGUGUGUGAUUUAUUAUUAUUCUAUUCGAUAUUAAUUUUUAAGUUUAAUAAGCGAAUAUUGUUAUACCAUGAAUUGUACACUUUCAUCAAUCUUUUUUUUUUAAAUUAAACAUUAAGUUUGUUGCUUUAUUUCUGUAAAUAAAUACGUAAUUAAUUAAAUUUUGUCUAUUGUUUUUAAAUUAACUAAAAAUUAAUUCUAGAGUUGGGUGUUUAGAAAUAAAACACUUAAUUAAAAGAUGAUUCGUAUGACUUUUUUUUAUUAAUUUUUUUUUCUUUUUUUGUCAUUUUUUUCGUCUUUAUCACCUUCACUUUUCUCAAUUCUCUUCUCCUCUCUCGCUCUUUAAAAAAGUAACGAAAAUCUCACUCUUCUCUCUUAGUGUAUAACUUUUACAGACGCAAAUAAUUCAUUCGCUUUUUUUUUUUUGUUUUUUCUCUUUUUAUAUUUCUGAAUCCCUUUCGCAAACACGCAAUAUACUCUCAUACACACUCUGAAAAAGUAAUGCACAAAAUAAAGAGAGAAAGAAUGUUAUAUGUGUACGUGUAUAAUUUACCGCUCUGUCUAUAGUCAAAAACUGUUUUUCUUAUUAAUCAUUGUAAAAACUAUCGAUGACAAUGACAUUUAAAGAAUCGACCAUGAUGAUAAUUAUAUACUGGAGAAAAUAAAUAGUUUAUAUUGUUCAUUCAUGAUUUUAUAACUAAAAAAUAUGUAACAAAAUACUUAUUUUCAGAUGCGAGAAUGAAAAGAUAUUUUUUUUAAACUAUUAAAUAAUUUUUCAUGGUCGAAUUCUUGUUAUUGAUUUCUUUUAUAAUUCAACGAGCGGUAGCUUAAUCUAUAAAAAGGACUUUUUUUUUCUUCUUUUUCUUAGAAGCUAAUAAUUAUUUUUUUAGUACUCUUCUAUCAUCUUACACGCGAUUCACAAUCAUUCUUUUAUAACUCUCGCACCAAUCACUCGCGGAUAAACCCGCUAACAAGGUGAUAUUUAUGGCCAUUUUUUUUAUACUCUUUGCCUUCUUUUCAUUUUCAUAUAAUAUAUAUAAUCGCAAACACUUCGUUCAUAAUCUCACAUUCAUCAUUUAAAAAAAAAAAAAAUAAUAAACGAUCGUUUUAUUGAAAGUUGAGUACACUCUCGAUAAUAUUAUCGUAAAUUUUUUUUUUGUAUUUUCGAACCUGCGAAUGGAGGAAAAUAACGAUUUUCAUUCGAGAGUGUAUAUUUAAAUAUCGAUUUUUCGCUGAAAAACGAUCGUUAUAAACGGAUUUUUAAAAUUUCGAGGAGCGCUAAAUAUGGCUUUGUUUUUUUUUGUAACUUCUCAUUCUUUCAACUUUAGACAUUGCUUUUCUCGCUUAAUAUAAUAUGUCGUAAGGAUUUUUUUUCUUUAUAUACACGAAGUUUACAAGCGUAACCAAAGUUAGUCGUUGAAUUGUCAAAAAAAAUGCACUUAUCUUCUCUGAAUUAGUGUCUGGAUAUGAGCGUUUCUUUUUUUUAAAAUCUUUUCUAUUUUUCUUUUUCACUGUAAAAACAUUUUUUUUUAAUUAAAACUUGAGAAAAAAAAACGCCAAUGUCUAGACACAAUUCGAGUGUAAUUCUAAUUCAUAAAAUGCGUUACUAACAUUCCACUACGUUCGAAUGUAUAUAUCAAUGAGAAAAGCCUAAUCUCAAUUCAACGACUGACUCCAAAGCUACGUUUUGGACACGCCUAACGCCUACAAAUUCGUUAAGAUUCCUCGCGUUUAUUCUUCUUCAAGGGAAGAAAAUCUCAAAGAAUUUUUAUAUAAACACGAGAAAAUCUCACGUAAAAAGAUGUAUAUUUGUUUCCUGUUUGCUUUUUUUUCUUUUCUCUUUUGACUCUUUAAACAGGACAAAAGCAGAUUAGAAAUUGGCGCAGCUUAUUCUUUCUGCCCUGAGUGAAACAACUCCCAAGGCCGCAACAAAUAUUUUUUUUUUGUAAGAGCGGACCCAAGUUAAAAAAAAAGAAAAA